GGAUUUUUCAUUGGAGACUUGGGAGUUUUUCCCUUUAGACAGGGGUCAGCUGAAAGACAAAGAAAAAUGGCGAGUAGUUUGCAAGGAGAGCAGCCCCUGUUUGCUUGGGCUUUGCCCUGGAUCUUCUACAGCCUUUCCCUUGCAUAUUCUCAUGCCUUUGUCCUUUCUUCUCCUUUUUUGCUCUUUCCCGUGAGGGGGGAGGAAAGUGAGAGUGCAGCUGAAAGGGAAAAAUAGCAGUGCUUGUGCUUUUACAUAGCCUGAUGUGAUUUGACUUUCUCAACGAAAUGUUGGUCUAUCUGAUGCAGACCUGGAAUACUUAAACCUGGUGUAGUUGCAAAUAAGGCCUGAAACAUGUCUGCAGACGGGGGAUUCGGAACAAGCAGUGAUGCACAGCAAAACCUUCAGUCUUUCUGGCCAAGGGUUAUGGAAGAGAUCCGCAAUCUAACAGUGAAAGAUUUCAGAGUUCAGGACCUCCCUCUGGCUCGCAUAAAGAAGAUCAUGAAACUUGAUGAAGAUGUGAAGAUGAUCAGUGCCGAAGCUCCAGUUCUGUUUGCCAAAGCUGCACAGAUUUUUAUAACCGAGUUAACCUUACGUGCCUGGAUUCACACAGAGGACAACAAAAGGAGAACUCUUCAGAGAAAUGACAUCGCUAUGGCAAUCACAAAGUUUGAUCAGUUUGACUUCCUUAUUGACAUUGUCCCUAGGGAUGAAUUAAAACCUCCAAAGCGACAGGAAGAGGUCCGGCAGGCCGUGAACUCCACAGAGCCAGUUCAGUACUACUUCACUCUAGCACAACAGCCAGCAGCUGUACAAGUGCAAGGGCAGGCGACUGCUCAGCAAACUACAUCCUCCACCACCACCCUCCAGCCUGGUCAGAUCAUCAUUGCUCAGCCACAGCAAGGCCAGAAUGCACCAGUCACCAUGCAGGUUGGGGAGGGACAGCAGGUACAGAUUGUACAGGCACAGCCUCAGGGACAAACUCAGCAAGGGCAGAGUGGAGCUGGGCAGACCAUGCAAGUCAUGCAACAAAUAAUCACCAACACAGGAGAGAUCCAGCAGAUCCCGGUUCAGCUGAACACAGGGCAACUGCAGUAUAUUCGACUUGCCCAGCCAGUGUCUGGAACACAAGUUGUUCAGGGACAAAUCCAGACCCUAACCAAUGCACAGCAGAUUGCACAAGCCGAUGUCCAGCAGGGACAGCAGCAGUUCAGCCAGUUUACUGAUGGCCAGCAGUUGUACCAGAUUCAGCAAGUCACCAUGCCAGCUGGUCAGGACAUGGCACAGCCGCUGUUCAUCCAGUCCAGUGGUCAGACAUCGGAUGGACAAAGCACUCGGGUUACGGGGGACUGAGCAAGCAAAGCUUGAGGAAGGAACUGGUAAAAGAACGCAGACACACACACAUGGACACAUAUAUACACGUACUCAGACGUGCUAACAAUGGCACACGCUGGUGUGGUACAGGCUCUACUGGCACUCAAAGGGUUAAAGGGAAAUUGUUUGCAGUUCAUGAUUAGUGCCAGCCUUCAGGAUAGCGGGGACCUGAAUUGGUUCUGUUGUGUAUGUUGCCCUGUGAGGGGAGUACUGUUCAGAGGGGGGUUGUGAAUACUCUUGACUACAAAACUGAAGCAGGAGAAACACCUGGAUGAGAUCCCUGCAGUGCAUUUCCCAUUAUCACAUCCCUUUUGUUCUAAUUACACUUACCAUGCAGGUUUUUGUUUCCUUUUAUUUAAAGGCAUGGUAUGCUUUUAAAUACAAUGUUAUUAAACGAGGCCAUGUACCACACGUUUCAGUGCUAGGAGAGCCACAGUUAAUUGGUAAAGAUAAAAAGUAACAGUCUGCAGGGCCCCAUUCUUAGGAAAGCAACACUGUCCUUCCUUUUGGCCAUUUCCUUUUCCAGAAGAAGCGGUAACAAAGCAUUUCCUGCUGCUCUUGUUCAUCAUCUGAUAAAAAGAAACUUCCACCCACACCUGCCACCGACACACAGCAACAAAGCCAUGGCAUUACAUUUGGACUGGAUACAUAUAUAUUUAAGAAGUAAUGUUUGGUGUGUAUUGGGGGGGUCAGUUUUUAUUAGUAUUACCAAUUUUUGUCUUUUUAAUGUAUUGCUGUAGUCUGCUUUGUGUACACAUAACAAUUCUGCACAGACAGCAAUAAACUUUUUAGAUACAGGCUGUUUUUCUUUUCCCCUUUGCAUUCCACUGGCUGCUCACUGGAAGAAAAUAAAAGAUUUUCAAACAUGA